CCCUUGCGCUCCGGCAGUGAGAAGAUGGCGGGUCGCGGCGGGUUUCAGGCGGCGGUGACGGGCGGGAGCGGGGCUGUGCCUGGAUCGGGGCCGCAAGGACCGGGGCCGGCGCUAGGGAUGGGGCCGGGGACUCCCACCGGCAGGAUGGGACCCGCGCCGGGGGCUCAGAACCCCCUUUAUCGCUCCCCGAUGGCUGGGCCUGGGUACCCGCGUCCUGGGAUGCCCCCAGGCAGCAGGAUGACCCCCCAGGGCCCUUCCAUGGGCCCCCCUGGCUACGGAGCCAGUCCCGUGUCCCGGCCCGGCAUGCCAGUGAUGGAUCAGUCCCGGAAGAGACCAGCUCCACAGCAGCUCCAGCAAGUACAGCAGGCAGCACAGAACCGCAAUCAGCAUGCAAAGAAGAAGAAGAUGGCUGACAAAGUCCUACCUCAGAGGAUCAGAGAGCUAGUCCCAGAAUCCCAGGCUUACAUGGAUCUCCUUGCCUUCGAGAGGAAGCUGGACCAAACCAUCAUGCGCAAGAGACUUGACAUCCAGGAGGCUCUGAAACGCCCCAUCAAGCAAAAGAGAAAGCUGCGGAUCUUCAUCUCGAACACGUUUAACCCUGCGAAGGCUGACGCAGAGGACGGGGAGGGGACGGUGGCCUCCUGGGAGCUGCGUGUGGAGGGGCGCCUCCUGGAGGAUACGGCCGUAUCGAAGUACGAUGCCACCAAGCAGAAGCGGAAAUUCUCCUCCUUCUUCAAGUCUCUGGUGAUCGAGCUGGACAAGGAUCUGUACGGGCCAGACAACCAUCUGGUCGAGUGGCACAGGACUGCCACGACUCAGGAGACGGACGGGUUUCAGGUGAAGAGACCGGGAGACGUGGGUGUGCGGUGCACUGUGCUGCUGAUGCUUGAUUACCAGCCCCCCCAGUUCAAGCUGGACCCUCGACUGGCUCGCAUGUUGGGGAUCCACACGCAGACCCGGCCCGUCAUCAUCCAGGCCCUGUGGCAGUACGUGAAGACACACAAACUGCAGGACCCCCACGAGAGGGAGUUCAUCAACUGCGACAAGUACCUCCAGCAGAUUUUCGAGACCCAGAGGAUGAAGUUCUCAGAGAUCCCCCAGCGGCUGCACGCCCUCCUCAUGCCUCCAGAGCCAAUCAUCAUCAACCAUGUGAUCAGUGUUGACCCCAAUGACCAGAAGAAGACGGCCUGCUACGAUAUUGACGUGGAGGUGGACGACACUCUGAAGACUCAGAUGAACUCGUUCCUGCUGUCCACGGCCAGCCAGCAGGAGAUCGCAGCGCUGGACAACAAGAUUCACGAGACAAUAGAGACCAUCAACCAGCUGAAAACGCAGAGGGAGUUCAUGCUGAGCUUUGCCCGAGACCCUCAGGGGUUCAUCAACGACUGGCUGCAGUCCCAGUGUCGGGAUCUCAAGACCAUGACUGACGUCGUGGGGAAUCCCGAGGAGGAACGACGGGCCGAGUUCUACUUCCAGCCCUGGGCUCAGGAGGCCGUCUGCAGAUACUUCUACUCCAAGGUCCAGCAGAGGAGGCAGGAGCUGGAGCAGGCUCUGGGCAUCAGGAACACUUAGAGGCGGGCAGAGAUGCUGGGAGGCAGGGGGAGGGCUGACCCAUUCCAGGCUGUCCCUGGGUGCCGGGGCUGGGGAGUGGGUGGAACCUAUAGCUUGUAAAUGCAGCUGGCUCAACUCUCGUUAACACCCUGUUCCUCUCAGACACUGUUUUCGCUCUGUGGAAUCCAUCCUUUUGAAUCUUCUGCACCCCCCCCUCUCCUCCCCAUGUGGUUUUUAUGUGGUAGCACUUUUACACACCCGAGCAUGACCGACGAGGGAACGGGAGAGUAGGUCAGCGGUUCUCUUUGUGUCCCGUCCUUGCGUGCCUGUCUGUGCAGUGGUCGUUGCUGGGUUUACCGGGGGGGGGGGCUAGCUGUUUAUGUGAGGGGUGCAGGUUGGUAGUUUGGGGGGGAUCAGGGAACGUAGAACCCGAAGACUUCAAAAUUGUGUCCACCGUAAAUUUUAAGAUCUCUGAUUUUGUAAUAGCCUGUGAGAGUCUAGAAUGUGGUGGUAGAGCACUGCAUGAUAAAUUUAGGGUUGUUUUUUUUU